AUGGGGGGCUUUGGGUGUAAGCCCAGGGAGGGUUCUGGCACAAGUGCCAACACAUCGUGCCUCCCCACCACAACUCACCCCUCACCCAUUGCCCCUCCCUCGCCCCUGCCCCCUGGCCCGUCACGUGGGCACACCUCUCACCUCGCUCCCCACCUCUCACCCUCGCUCCCCACCUCUCACCUCGCUCCCCACCUCUCACCUCGCUCCCCACCUCUCACCUCGCUCCCCACCUCUCACCUCGCUCCCCACCUCUCACCUCGCUCCCACCUCUCACCUCGCUCCCCACCUCUCACCUCGCUCCCCACCUCUCACCUCGCUCCCACCUCUCACCUCGCUCCCCACCUCUCACCUCGCUCCCCACCUCUCACCUCGCUCCCCACCUCUCACCUCGCUCCCCACCUCUCACCUCGCUCCCCACCUCUCACCUCGCUCCCCACCUCUCACCUCGCUCCCCACCUCUCACCUCGCUCCCCACCUCUCACCUCGCUCCCCACCUCUCACCUCGCUCCCCACCUCUCACCUCGCUCCCCACCUCUCACCUCGCUCCCCACCUCUCACCUCGCUCCCCACCUCUCACCUCGCUCCCCACCUCUCACCUCGCUCCCCACCUCUCACCUCGCUCCCCACCUCUCACCUCGCUCCCCACCUCUCACCUCGCUCCCCACCUCUCACCUCGCUCCCCACCUCUCACCUCGCUCCCCACCUCUCACCUCGCUCCCCACCUCUCACCUCGCUCCCCACCUCUCACCUCGCUCCCCACCUCUCACCUCGCUCCCCACCUCUCACCUCGCUCCCCACCUCUCACCUCGCUCCCCACCUCUCACCUCGCUCCCCACCUCUCACCUCGCUCCCCACCUCUCACCUCGCUCCCCACCUCUCACCUCGCUCCCCACCUCUCACCUCGCUCCCCACCUCUCACCCUCGCUCCCCACCUCGCUCCCCACCUCUCACCUCGCUCCCCAACCUCUCACCUCGCUCCCCACCUCUCACCUCGCUCCCCCACCUCUCACCUCGCUCCCCACCUCUCACUGA